AGUAAGUUGGAGCCUAAAUCUGAUAAAGUAAUUUUUGUGGGAUACCCCAAGGAAACUAGAGGGAGAUGAAUCUUAAGAUUGUUCUCGAAUGCGAGAAAAAGCUUUACGUCCUAACAUCUGAGCCUCCCAAAUCUCCUGAAGCGAACGCCCGUGCAGCAGAAAUUACUUCGUACCAGAAGUAUGAAGAUGACGCCCGUGAUGUGAGAUGUAUCAUGCUAGCCACCAUGACCCCGGAGCUCCAAAGGCUCCACAAGGACAUGGAAGCUCAUCCUAUGAUGACUCGCUUGAAAGUUGUUCCCCACGUUCUCAAGAUGAUCGGUCAGAUCAAAACUCUUAAAAAACUGGACGCCCCGUUGCACCCUAUGCGGGCAACUGAUCUCAUCUUGGGAUCAUUACCAGCUAAGUAUAGUCAACCUGUAGUGAACUUCUACAUGAACAAACUAGAGAUGACUAUGCCUGAGCUACUAAAAUUCCUCACAACUGCUGAGGAGAGUCUAGGGAAGGGCAAGGGUAAGUCUGUCCUGAUGGUAGAGGGUAGUACUGUUGCGAAGAAGAGUGGGCCACGUUCGCCGGCCGGGACCAAGCGCAAGAGUUCUAAGAAACCCAAGCCAGCGUCUAACUCCUCUUUGUUGAAACCCAAAGAAGGAGCUAAGAAGAAGUCUGUUGUAUGCUAUUAUUGUGGCAAAAAGGGCCACUGGAGGCGCAACUGCGCAAAAUUACUGGCAGAGAGGAAAGAGGGAAAGAAUCCUCAAACCUCAGGAUCUGCAUGAACGUAGACAAUUGACGGAGGGAGAGAUACAACUAAAAGUCGGUAAUGGCGCACUCGUAAAUGCAUUAGCCGUCGGAACCUAUAGUUUACCUCUACCUAGUGGUCUU